UGUGACUCUUGAUAAUCUAAACUAACCUCAAUAGCUCGAUAUGCUUUCGAGGGACGUAAGGUGAACUAAGUACGAGAUAAGCGAGAAACUCUCACAGUAGCUGACUUCAAUUCAGUAAUGUUCAUCUAUACAAGCACCGUGACUAACUGGAUGAUGGUUGUUUGCAUUUUCUUGAACAGUGAAGACGUCUAUGCUAUGAUAUGUCAACUGGAAUCAGCAGCAUUCCAGCCUAAGAGUCAAAAGGAGUACUUGUACAUACACGAGUGGAAGGGAAGCGCUUACUUCAUUAAAAAACUGUUCUACGGGCUGAGCCUUACCCUAACCUGUCUAGCACCAAUAGUAGGAGUGCUUCAGGGCAAGACUGCUCCAUUGGUCAGUUAUAUUCCCCCAUGGAUCCACUGGAGGGUGUAUUUUUGGUUACAGGCCCUCGUUUCAGUAUGCAAUGCUACAAUGGGUGCUACAUAUAUCUCAUUCCUUUGCACCAUGUUAAUAGAAGCUAUCAUACAGGUGGCAUGCUUGAAAGAACGACUUCAAUUUACGGAGGACAGGAGGUCUUUGGUAGAAUGCAUUGAACGUUAUUCUGAGAUAACCGAGUUUACGAAGAGACUACAUCAUAUAUGCAAAAUUGGUCUGUCUGCAGUGAUCGUCGCUGGAGUAUUAAACACCUGUACAACAUUUUCGUUGAUAGUCAAGGUCAAGUUUAUAGAGCUGGCGUUUUUGGUUCCAUAUAUGAGUUGUAUUGUAGCGAUCAUUUAUAUACAUUGCUUUUAUGGGACUAUCUUAGCCACUGAGAGUGAAGAUAUUCCCUAUUCCUUAUUCAGCUCGAAAUGGAUCAACACUGAUGAUUCUCAUAAAAGAACAUUGUUGCUGUUUAUGGUGUUUUCAAAGAAACAGAUUACCAUAAAAUUAGUUGGAGGGACGCUUACAAUGAGCUUGCCAUUAUUUGUUCAGAUAAUGCGUACAGCGUAUGCGUACUUCAAUGUUCUCCAAAGCGUCGAGUGAAAACAAUGGAACUUUCUUUGCAUCACCAGCUUUCAAAUUAUGCUAGUCACUAACCCUUAUUCAUAUGUGCUCACCUUGUAAUUUAUUAAAGCCUUUCAUGCAU